AUGUCUUCCGCUGCCGCCGCCGCGAUCGCACCGACCUCCGUCGCUGCCGUCACGCCGGUCUCUACCACGGCGCCUGCAUCGCCGUUCCUCUCCUCGUGCCCCCUGGUCUCGAUCUACACUGGCCAUUCCUCGAUGGUGGGUGCCUCCUCAGAUCGGCCGCCGCCGCCGUCACCGAUCACGCCUCCGCCUGCUUGGGAGGGUCCUUCGUAUGCUGGUCCCUGGAUGGGAUCGGCGCCCUACGGGGCUGCUUCUCCGCUGUCAGCAGGCCCCUACGGGGCGGCUCCUGUUGCUGCCGGAUCGGCGCCCUACGGGCCCUACGGGGCUGCUCCUUCGCCGUCAGCAGGCCCCUACGGGGCAGCUCCUGUCGCUGCCUCCGCGUACAACGCCGCGUAUGGUGCCUCGCCCUACUCGGCCGCUGCGGCUGCACCACACGGCGCCGUGCCCGCGGCGUCCUACACUGCCCCGCCCUCGCAACCCUAUGCGGCUGCGCCUGGCGCCGUGACCGCCGGGUCUGGCAGGGCACCGGCUGUGCCCUACGGCACCCCGCCACCGCCGUUGCCCUAA